GGAUUUUUGUUUAUUAUAAUGUACAAAUUUUUCUCAUCUAACUUGUCGAUUUCUUCGGCAAAAAAAAAAAAACUUGUCGAUUUCAAUAAAUGAGAUAAAAUUUAAUAUUUAAUGGUCAAGCGCAACACAUUAACCUUAAAAUUUUGUUAUAUGAUAAUACAUCAAUAUCAUAUAAAAUCAUUUUUACAUGUAAGCGACAUGCCAAUAUCAACUUGGACUUAUUCAUUUUUGCCAUGGACCGCCGCUCCUCUAUUUAAUUACGAGACAGCCAUCCAUACGAGACAAGUUAAAGCGCAGAGCUCAGAGCUAGCCGCACCUCGGCUGCAGAGCUCAGAGUUUAUUGCACCUCGGCACUUCGCCGUGGGUGCGCACCAUGUCACCAUUAUUGGAUUGACUAAGCCACGUGGGUGUGGACAAGCCACGUGGGUGCCUUGCCAAGCGGGACAAAGCCCACAAGGACCAUCUGGAGAAGGAUUAACUCGAAGCAGGAACUCAAGGAUAUUUAGCAACUACAUUGGCGCCGUCUGUGGGAAACGAACAAAGACGGAGGGGGUUGGGGAACAUAAUCCACAAUACCCCAACGCCGUAGCAAGCGACCCUGUGACCGCUCAACUCAAUGCCAUGCAACAACAAUUUGGGCUCUUCCAGCUAGUACUUGCCCAGCUGUUGGCCAGAGAUAACCCUGCUGACCCGCUUAUUCACUUAUUGAACCCAGCUUCCCCCGUGGCUCCCCAACCAGUUCAACAGCCUGUCAACUCCCCGAGGCUAGACAACCUAGAAAAGCUGUUAGCUGAGAACAAAAAUCCACAACCACAGACCCCACCUAUAUCAACCUCCAUCCCCAAUCCUGUCAAUACUAAAAUUACCCAAGAGCCAUAUCCACCCGGUUUCAGGAUGCCGCAGUUUGAAACGUAUGAUGGCACCAAAGAUCCCGAUGACCACCUACAUGCAUUUUUCUCCGUCAUGCGGGCUCAAAACGCCUCAGACGCACUCAUGUGCAAGAUGUUUCCCUCCACAUUGCGCGGCAAUGCUUGGACCUGGUAUCACACUUUGCGCCCGAACUCAAUUAAUGCAUAUGUCGAGCUGGCCACCCUCUUUACCACCAAAUUCUCGAGCAGAAGGUUGAUCAAAAAGACGACACCCGAGCUCAUGCGCAUAACACAAAGAGAAGGCGAAUCCUUGAAGAAUUACAUGAACAAGUUCAAUGACGCCAUGCUAGAGGUCAAUGCCUUCGAUGAAGCAAUGGGAGUAACUGCCGUGAUACAAGGCCUCAACCAUGAUCGAUUUCGAGAUAACUUGAUCAAGAACACCCCAACCACUUUUGACGAAGUCAAUCAGAGAUCCCUCAAAUUCAUUAAAGCCGAAGAGUACGUCCUUUCUAAGCCCCAGCCCCCCAAAGAAGCUAGAACUCCUGCUUGGAGAGAAGAAGGGCAGAGUAAGAAGAAGUUCAAACCCACACAGAACCGAGGCCCAAUUCUGGUUCCCAAGCUAGACAGGCCCGGCUCCAGCGCCCUGCAAACGCGGCCUAGGCCACCUUUAUGGACCUCCUUCACAGUUCCGAGAUCGCAAAUUCUUAUGCAAAUAAAGAAUAAGAUGGAGCUGAGGAGACCAGCCCCCCUACAGAGCCCAGCGGCAAGCAGAGACCACACCAGAUAUUGUGACUUUCAUCAAGAUCACGGACAUACCACAGAAGAUUGCAAAAGUUUGAAGUUAGAGCUGGAAAGCUUGGCCCGGAAAGGAAUGUUGAAUGAAUAUAUCCAGAAUAUAAGUUUGCAAAAGUUUGUCAAAGAACAGGGGCAACCCCAGGGGUCCCGAGCAGCAAACAACAAAGAUGGAGUAGGGUACCAGCAAGCACCACCACCUCUCCCACCCCCAUCCAGAAUUAUUCACAUGAUAACAGGCGGACCCGAAGCAGGUGGCACAAGCGCCAAACAACAAAAGCUGUACGUGAGGGAGGUCAAACACCAUAAUGCAGCCAAGAAAAGAAAGAUCGACGAGGAGGAUUGGAAAAACCAAUCUGUGACAUUCACUUCGGCCGACCUCGAGGGGGUCGUCACGCCCCACAAUGAUCCAUUAGUCACCUCGGUCAUCAUUAACAACUGCGAGGUCCAGCGUGCGCUCAUUGACACCGGCAGUGCUCCAGACAUAAUGUAUUAUCAUUGCUUUGAGAGCCUCGACUCGAUCCUGCCCUCCUGCAAAAGUAUGAUGGGCCCAUCUACGGCUUCAAUAACCAGCCGGUACCCGUGGAAGGAGCACUAUGGCUCAACGUGGCGUUUGGCUCCAGACGGACAAAUAGCCCCAUCACCGGAGCCACCCCACCCAGAGGCCCCAAAUACCCAACAGAUAAUGGGUGUAGAGCUGCCAGAUAACCGACCAGAGGACGACCCAAGGGCCACCUCGGUCGAGGAGGUCGAAGAGGUGCAACUCGAUGACAAUGACCCCUCCAAGAGGACUCAAAUCGGCACGAGGCUGACUCUUGUAGAAAAAGAAGAGCUCGUGGGCUUCCUAAAAGCGAACAAGGACGUGUUUUCAUGGACCUCGGCUGACAUGCCUGGAAUCCCAACUUUGGAGGAGGUGCAAAAGCUCUUACAAGCAUGGUUUAUCAGGAGAGUAGACUACUGCGAGUGGAUCGCCAACCCUGUCAUGGUAAAAAAGUCAAAUGGCAAGUGGCGCAUGUGCAUAGAUUAUACCAACCUCAACGACGCCUGCCCCAAAGACUGUCAUCCCAUGCCAAGCAUAGACAAGCUGGUGGAGGCCGCCUCAGGAAAUGAAAGGUUAAGCCUCCUGGAUGCCUACUCGGGGUAUCAUCAAGUCCGUAUGGCACCCGAGGACGAGGUGAAAACCUCAUUUUAUGCCGGAGAUGAGAUCUACUGUUAUGUCAUGAUGUCAAACCUCGAGGUCUAUGUAGAUGACAUUGUUGUCAAGAGUUCUCGAGCAGAAGACCACUUGACUGAUCUGGCUGAGAUGUUCAACAACCUCAGAAGAUGCAACAUGAAGUUGAAUCCAACAAAGUGCACUUUCGAUGUUGAAUCGGGCAAGUUUCUGGGUUUCAUGAUUUCCAGAAGGGGGAUAGAGGUCAACCCUGAGAAGAUAAAAGCAAUAGAAGAGAUGAAACCACCGAGAUCAACCAAGGACGUGCAACGCCUAGCAAGGAGAAUAGCAGCAUUGCACAGAUUUAUCUCCAAAUCAGCAUAUAAGUGUUUGCCUUUCUUCAAGGUCCUGAGAACUACAGCUCAAAAGGAUGAAGCGGGAAAACCUCGAAAGUUCAACUGGACGACGGAAUGUCAAGUGGCUUUUGACGAGCUCAAAGCCUACCUCAGCUCGCCGCCUUUGUUGACUAAGGCCCAUGAAGGUGAAAUCCUUCAUCUCUACCUCGGAAUAUCUGAUACUGCUGUCAGUUCUGUCUUGAUCAAGGAAAUGAGGAAACAACAGCAACCAGUAUACUAUGCCAGUAAGAUAGCAUUCCAGCAAAGGUCGGCAAUCCGAGCUCAAGCCUUGGCAGAUUUUGUGGUCGAAUGCACCUCUAAUCAGAUGGAUCCGAGCUCUAAGGUAGAAACAUGGACCCUAUAUGUCGAUGGAUCAUCUAAUAGCAAGGGUUCAGGAGCUGGAGCAGUAUUAACUGGACUUGACAACUUCCGGGGUGAACACGCUUUGAAGUUCAACUUCGAGGCCACAAACAACGUGGCCGAGUACGAAGCCCUCCUCCUGGGAUUGCGUUUAGCGGUCGAACUAAAAGUCAAACGCCUGCAGAUUUACAUCUCCGAGCUGAAAAACCGGUUCGAAAAAUUCCAGCUUACAAAGAUUCCGAGAGCAGAAAAUGAGCAUGCAGAUUCUUUGUCGAAGUUAGCAUCUGAGAACUCCGGGGAAGCAAAGUCCGUGUACAUCGAGAUACUGAAUGAACCGAGUUUUCAGACGUCGGGGGCGAUGGAGAUCAGCACUGACCCAGAUGCUCCAAGUUGGACAAACCCCAUCCGGGAGUACCUCCUCAACGGUACCAUCCCAGGGGACAAACAGGAAGAGAUGAAGUUGCGAAGAAAAGCCUCUCGGUACACCCUGGUUGGCGACAUUCUGUACAAGAGGUCCUACUCGUUACCACUCCUCAGAUGCCUGACACCGUAUGAAGCAGAGUAUGCACUAAGAGAAGUACAUGAGGGGGUAUGUGGUAGUCAUGUGGGAGCCCGGACUCUAGCACAUAAGGUACUGCGGCAAGGGUACUAUUGGCCUAACAUGCAAGAAGACGCAAAGAAGUUCAUGCAGAGGUGCCAGAAAUGCCAGUUCUUCGCCCAUCUCACCCAUCAGCUAGCCGAAGAACUCACUAGUAUGACUGCACCAUGGCCUUUUGCUCAAUGGGGAGUAGACCUUCUGGGCCCCUUUGUCAAAGCAGUAGGAGGAGCAACGCAUUUAGUGGUCGCUGUUGAUUACUUCACCAAAUGGGUAGAAGCCAAACCUCUCUCUUGUCUGACUUCGAGAAGAAUUGAGGAUUUCCUCUUCAGCUCGGUCAUCUGCAGAUAUGGGAUACCAAACCAGAUCAUCGCUGACAACGGCUCCCAGUUCAAUUGUAACUCCUUCAGGGACUUCUGCUCCAGCUACGGGAUUAAGUUGGUGUUCACCUCCGUCUAUCAUCCCGAGGCCAAUGGAAUGGUUGAAUCAGUCAACAAAGCCAUCUUGGAAGGAAUCAAGCCGAGGUUAGAUCAGCUGAAAACAAAGUGGGUAGAUGAACUCAACAACGUCUUGUGGGCUUACCAGACAACAAGCCGAACUGCCACAGGCGAAACGCCCUACCACUUAGCCUUCGGCACCGAGGCAGUCAUUCUUGUCGAAAUUGGUGUCCCAAGCCUAAGAAUCAGCCACUUUGAACCGGCUCAAAAUGAGCGUCUACUAAGGGAAAACCUUGAUUUCCUAGACGAAGUUCGAGAGCAAUCCCGACUUCGGACUCUAGCAUACAAACAAAGAAUAGCCAACCUUUACAAUAAGCGAGUCCGACCUCGAAACUUCAGAGUCGAUGACCUCGUCCUCAGAAAAGCUGGGCUCACAGGGUUCGAGACCCGAUACGGCAAGCUAGCGCCAAACUGGGAAGGCCCUUACAUUGUAACCGAGGUCCCGCACCCCGGAGCAUACAUUCUCCAGGAUGCCGAGGGCAAAAGGGUGCUUAGAGUUAGGCAUCUUUUUCCAAUACAAUUGAAGACGACGUCAAUUAAGGACGAAGUCAAUUCCACUUCUUCAAACCUAAUUGUAUUAACAAUGUCAUUUUAGCUUCUCCUACUUUGGAUCACAGACGCAA